AUGCCGGCCACGCGCGCCAAAACCGUGCGCACGAGCCCGAUUCCGCCUUGUCCGACCCUCGCACAGACUGUCACCAGGACGACACCCCGUGCCACCCUACUGGUACCGCCCAAAAUCCAUACUGCUGCUGUCAUACCCCACUACGGUGUUUUUUUCAGAAUGAGGCUGAUCGCGCUCGGAUCUUCUUUUGCUGCGGGGCCUGGAAUUGCGCCCCAGGUGGAUGCAGCUGCUGGGCGCAGUGGCAACAACUAUCCGCACCUGCUUGCGCGUCGUCUGGGGCUGGAUAGCAGCCACUCGACACAGCUGCUCGACUUGACCGUCUCGGGCGCAACGAUGCUCAACCUCAUCUCGGACGAUCAAGAUACGGGCGACAAGGUGUUUCCACCCCAGAUAUCGCUGCUUCCACCAGCCGACGAUGACGACCAGACCAUCAUCACCGUGACGGGCGGGGGGAACGACAUGUUCUACAUCGGCAGCAUGUUCGCCCGCACCCUCUCAACCACCCUCUGGGGCCGCAUCUACUCCUACCUCUUCAUGACGCAAGACCAGAAGCAGGGGUUAGAAAAUCCAACCAUCGCCUCCCCCGACCAGGUGGUCGAGAGGUUCAACGUCUUGCUCGAUGAUCUUCACAAAAGAUUUCCCCGUGCUACAGUGUAUCUGGUCGAGUACUUUGCCAUGAUGGGUCCGGAAACAGUGGGUGGCAAGCACGUAGCUUGGUCGCAGGACCAAGUCGAAACAUACAAGCAGACCGCGAACCAGCUCAAACGGAUCUAUGCACAAGCAGCGGAAGGCAGAGAAAACGUACACAUCGUCCCGCUCGCACAGGUGAGCUACGAGCAUGCCAUCGGAUCGAAACAUCCCUGGGUCUCGGACGGCUCCAUCCUCAACUUUUACCGCCGCGGCGCCUUCCAUCCCAACCUCGCCGGCAUGAAAGCAGCCGCCGACCUCAUCUACGAUACCCACCAAAGAUUGCACACAAAAGCAUAA